CCCAUGAUAAACUUCCACUGGUGGUCUAGAAUCCAACACAAGAUAGAUAGGAUCAUAGGCGAUUUGAGGGUUUGAAAAAAUGGAGCAUGUUGCAUCAACGUUUCAAUCCGACCAAAGGACAGAUGAGUUUCAAUUCUUUCCCAUACCUUGCCAACAAAGAAUCCAACAGGAUGAACGCAUCUUGAUUCCUUCUGGAGAUGCCAAAGUUGUCUCCACGAGGAGUGAUUAUAGCCAGCGCAGGCGUAAAGCAGCUAAAGCUUUUGGUGUCAACGGAGUCGACAUUGGGAAGCCUAACGAUAAUAAUAAAAAGAAGAAAAUCAUACAUAGAGAUAUUGAGCGACAAAGAAGGCAAGAAAUGGCUACCCUUUACGCAACUCUUCGAUCACUGCUUCCUUCUGAAUAUCUCAAGGGAAAGAGAUCUAUAUCUGAUCACAUGAACGAGGCUGUAAAUUACAUCAAACAUCUGCAGAAAAAGAUCUUAGAGCUGAGUGACAAGAGAGAUGAACUUAAAAAAUCAUUCCAUUCCUAUGUUUCAAGUUCUGUUCCGGAAAGCUUACAAAAUAGUUCGGAGGACACUGUAAUGGUUAGACCUUGUUUAGCAGGAGUGGAGGUAGUCAUUAGCACUUGCUUGAGACAAGGGCUUCAACUUUCAAGUGUGCUCGAAGUCAUAGUUGCAGAAGGCCUAAGUGUUGUUACAUGUAUAUCAACUAAAGUAAAUAAAAGGUUAAUAAUCCACACUAUUGUCUCCGAGGUGAAUGAUGGAAGAAGUAUUAAGCCAUCUGAGCUGCAACACAAAUUAACAAUGUCGACAGUUCCCUCAUCUGAGUUAAAUCUUGCUGUGUUGACCAAGUAAUUAUUGACCUCCAAGGUUGGUUCUGAAAAUGAUUAACAAAAUUUUCUUCAGCCUUGAUAUUCCGUAUAGCUGUAAAUAUGUAUAAAAGCAAAUUAUGUUGAAUCAAUGCGUUGGUUAUAAUUAGGAUAUCCUGAAUGACGCUUUCUUCAUCAUUAUAUAUCUUUAGAAGCUAGAUCAGCAAGCAAUAUUGGUUAUUUUCAUGGGUCCAGACUCCAGAUUUUGGUAAAUCCAAUUUGUCGACGUUGAAGAUCA